GGAAAUUCUUUCACUCCAUUACACUGCGCCGUGGCAAAUGGUCACUCUGACUGCGUAGAUUUAUUAUUGGCUUUGCCAGCGGGCUGUACUUCACCAUUACCUCUUUCACCUACUCGUCUCUCCACCCCUGUAUCAACUACUCUGAGUCCUGGCUGUCUUGGUCUUAGCCUUUUGAUGGUACGAGAUCUGGCCGGCUUGCGCGGUCCUCUUCAUGUAGCGGCGCUCACGAACCAGGCUGUUUGUGCCGACCAGCUAAUCUCAUUCGCUGAAGCCCUCGAUCAUGCCGAAUAUGGCGGUGUUGGCUUGAUUUCAGAGGCAAGAACGGCUUCUCUUAUUUUAUCUUCGUGUCCUUUCAUCCAGAGGUCAACUGUGAUCCCACCUUGUUCCACGAUCAAGCCCAAUUUUGAGUCCACUUAA